GAAAGCAUCAGUGAAAACUGAUCGAAACCGAUUGAGAUUAUAUUAUAGUAUAUUCAUAGCAACAUGCAGUAAAUUAUUAGAGAAGUUUAAGAAGCUUCUAAGAAGUUUUGAAGGAUCAAGCUGAUAGUAAGACAUGUGAUAUACAUGAAGGAAUUUUAUUUGUGUGUGUAUGUGCAUACACACGACACGUGCUUGUAGGCCAUGAUAAGCUUGUAGAUGCAGAAUAUAAAGAAAUUUCAACCGUCAAAGGCAAAUCGAGCAACCGGCUUUAUUGGCUCUAUCGACAGCUACCGAUAAAUUUCUGCAUUUACGAUAGCACCUUAGUCGCGGAGGCACCGUACCAUCUUGCAUAUUGUUUGUCUAAAUAUUUGACAAGAAGUAUGCGCCUGAUAACAUUCCUAGGGUUGCUCAUUUGCACGGGAGCGAGGCAUGUUGAUGUGGACCCGCUGAAAACAAUUGUAUGGGGUCCAGGAUUGAAACCAGCAGAAGUUACCAUGCGCGCCAGAUAUUUCUUUUUGCAGCUCGUGGAUUCGCACGGAAGAAAUUUGACAAAAUCUCCCGGUGAGAAUAUAAUCGCUGGGCAGGUAUACGGGGAAUCUCUCAAAGGCGUAUCAUGCCACGUAUGGACUCAAAUGUUUGACUGUAAAGAUGGAAGUUUUAUUAUGCGCUACAAAGUUUUCAAUACCUGCUUCAAUGUUAAGAUUAAAGUAAAAAUCAAGGGAAAAGAUUUGCCAAUGCCUCAUUCGAAGAUCAAAGGUCCUGUCUACGAAGAAGAAUGUUACUGCCCGAAUCCAUCAAUCAUUAACUGGCUAGAUCAUUAUGAGUGUCAAGAAAAUUACACUCAAAUACAUCGUGAUCUCUCACAAUUCUCAAAUAUUAACUUUGACGAAGUGCGUGAAAGCAUUAUUAAAAGAUACGAUCGACCGAGCAGUGUCAGCAUUUGUCAUUACGUAUUGAAAUCUAACAGAGUUUACAGGCAAUGUUACGGUCAACAUGUUGGCUUCAAAAUAUUUAUGGAUGCUAUAUUGUUGUCGCUUGCACGCAAAGUGACGCUGCCGGAUAUUGAAUUCUUCGCGAAUUUGGGCGACUGGCCACUUGUUCCCGAUUCAGGCCCGCUUCACCCUAUUUUUUCAUGGUGCGGAUCUGAAAGUACGAAAGAUAUUGUUAUGCCUACGUAUGAUAUCACAGAAUCAUCUCUGGAAGCGAUGGGAAGGGUAAUGUUAGACACACUCUCCGUACAAGGUAAUGGACUGCCAUGGGAAAACAAGACUGAGCAAUUGUUUUGGCGUGGACGCGAUUCCAGGAGGGAACGCCUUGACUUAGUAGAUAUUUCAAGAAAGCAUCUGGAGCUCUUCAAUGUCUCCAUUACUAAUUUCUUCUUCUUUAGAGAUGAAAUAGAUAAAUAUGGGCCUACGCAAAAUUAUGUAUCAUUUUUUAAGUUUUUCGAGUACAAAUAUCAAUUGAAUAUUGAUGGCACAGUAGCAGCCUAUCGAUUCCCGUAUUUACUUUCUGGAGAUUCUUUGGUAUUUAAGCAAGAAUCCAAGUAUUAUGAAUUUUUUUACAAAGCUCUUACACCCGGAUUACAUUAUGUGCCCGUGAAAAGCGAUCUGUCGAAUCUCGUUGAAAAGAUCAUGUGGGCAAAGGAGCAUGACGAGGACGGAUUAAAAAUUGCUAAAUCUGCCAGACAGUUCGUCAGGGAUAAUUUAUUACCACGUGAUAUAUUAUGUUUCUAUACAGUUUUAUUUCAUGAAUGGAGUAAACGCUUAAAGAGUAAAGUUGAAAUACUAAAUAACAUGGAAGAAGUACCACAACCUAGUCAUUCUUGUCAAUGUCAUUCUAGGAAUUCAAACCUUAGAGAUGAAUUGUAAUUUUCAACAUCUUUUUCAACAUUUUUCUAUGAUUUAUUUAUAUAAUGAAGUUUUAACAGAUUCACGUUGUCAUACAGUUAUCGUCUAUCAUGUGUGCACAUUUGUUUACUAACAUUUCAUACCUAAUGUCUAAUGUCAAAAAUAAAAGGAAACAUGACCUCGAAAAACAGAGAGAUGGUUGCCUAAUAUUUAAUAAAUCUUCUCUUUUACAAUGCUUGUACAACCUGUUCGCUAUUUUUAUAUAUUUAAUAAUUUUUUCAAUUUAAUCUAAAAUCAUGUCGCGAGAACUUGAGUAAGAUACAUCAUUUGUACAAUUAUCAACAUUUUCUUCGAAAAAUAUUUAUGGGAUAAAUACAAGGCGUGGCAAGAUUUACGAUAUUCUCUCUUCAAUUGUACCGCGAAUUCUACUGCAAAUAAUAUUCAAUGUGGAAAAUUUACAUUCAUAUUCAUAUAUUAUGAAAUUAAAUUUCCUUAUAUCAAUUAAUAGCAUAAGUAAAUAAAAAUUGGAACAAACAUUUAUAUAUAUUCUUAUAUAUGGCAUUUGUACCAUUGCAUAGUUACAUAAUUCUUUGACUUUCAAUUUGUUUUAUGCUUUAAUCGUAUUAAUAAAAAAUUACGUAUGUAUUCGUAAUAAAAAUAGAAUUUGAGGCUUAUCAUCUUUACUGUGCGCAAAAUAUUAAAAAUAUAAAAAAACAUAAUGAAAAUAAACAUAAUAAGUCUGAGACAAAUACUUGUAUUACUUUCUAAUUUGUAAAAAUAAAAAUAAAACAAAUUAUACAGAAAAAAACCUGUUAAUAGUAUUUAUACGUACUAUAAUUUACAUUUUUUCGUAUUAGAAGUUUCGCCACAAGAGUUAAAAGCCAUUUGGAAUAUUUUGGCAUAUUUAUUUCACCGAGAUCUAUAACUAAUAAUAAUAAUAAUAAAAGAUUUACUAUUCUGUCAUAAUAUAUACGUAUAUAAUGUAAAACAAAAUUAUAUAUAAAUUAUUCAUAUCAUCAGACUUUAAAAAAAUAUCUAAUAUAUAAUAUAAAUACUGAGGAUCAUCAAAAGAAUUGUAAAUAAUCUAAGUCCCCAGUCUAACUGGGGAGUUUUUUUAAAGCAUCUCCCAUAAUUUAUAUAUAAUUUUGUUCUAAGUUUUUUCUUAUUACCAAUCUUAACGCAUAAGGUUAAAUUAAAUUAAGUUCUUUACACAUAUAAUUCUUGUUUUAUAUAAUCUAAUCUCAUCCUUUGUAUUGAACCCUUUAUAUUCAAAUUAUAUUAGAUAUUCAUAUUAAUAUAGAUAUUCAAAAUAUCUAGAUAAAUAUUGUGAAUAUUAAUAU